AGGAGUUUUCAACUUCCCAAUGCAGAGUUCAGCGUGGUAGUUGGUCUUCGACUUAAUACUUAGCUUGGCUCCUUUCACAGCGAGGCUAUGUUAGCAUUCCACGUUUCUACGAGUAAUUAGUUUUUGAACUUAAUGAAAAAUUAUCCGACGAGUUUAAUUACAUUAUUUGUAAUAUAAACCGAGGAGCCAAACCCGUUUCAAAAUGAGCGAGCUAUACGUUUUGUAUGAGCAUGCCGCUGGCUACGGGCUCUUUUGCGUAAAAGAAUUUGAAGAAGUCGGCAUGCUUUUACCGCAAGUUGAGCAGUCUGUUACAGAGUUAAAACGGUUCAAUCAGAUUGUUAGCCUCGUCAGUUUUCAUGCCUUUAAGUCUGCAUUUGUAGCACUUGAAAAUAUCAACAGUGUUUCUGAAGGCCUUUUGACGGAGAAUUUACAGCUUUUCCUUGAACAGAAUGUGCCUAAAAAAAAGAAGACUCAGUUGGGUGUCGCUGAUCCAAAGUUAGCAGCGACUAUUAGCGAGACACUCGGCAUAUCAUGUGUGACGACUGGCGUAGUACCUGAAGUGCUUAGAGGCAUCCGUUACCACUUCUCCAACCUUGUCAAAGGGUUCUCGAAAGAAGCGUCCAGCGUAGCGCAACUCGGUCUCGGACAUAGUUAUUCCAGGGCGAAGGUCAAGUUCAAUAUUCACAAAAAUGACAAUAUGAUUAUACAGAGCAUCUGCCUCUUGGACCAGCUUGACAAGGACAUUAACAUAUUCGCCAUGAGGAUACGCGAAUGGUAUUCCUACCAUUUUCCAGAACUUGCAAAACUCGUCCCAGAAAUGUACUUGUAUGCCAAAUGUGUCAAAUUUAUCAAAAACCGUAAAGAGCUGGAUGACAGCAAAGUUGAUCAGCUUGAAGAAAUUGUUAUGGACCGUAGCAAAGCUGAGGCCAUUUAUGAUGCUUCAAAAUCUUCUAUGGGUAUGGACAUAUCACCCGUUGACUUGUUAAAUAUUGAAUUGUUUGCUAGUCGUGUCAUCGGACUUUCUGAAUACCGUACAAAACUGAGUAACUACUUGCAUACAAAGAUGGAAGGCAUUGCGCCCAACCUUGCCACGCUGAUUGGAGAUCAGGUCGGAGCAAGGUUAAUUUCUCAUGCUGGCUCGUUGACAAACUUAGCCAAGUUUCCAGCCAGUACUGUGCAGAUCUUAGGUGCCGAGAAGGCCCUGUUCAGGGCGCUGAAAGCUCGGAGUACCAAAACUCCCAAGUACGGUCUUCUGUACCAUUCCAGCUUCAUAUCAAAAGCUGAAUUAAAAAAUAAAGGAAGGAUAUCUCGAUUUCUUGCAAACAAAUGCACUAUUGCUUCUAGAAUAGAUUGCUUCUCAGAUGUAUCUACUUCUAUUUACGGGGAGAAAUUAAAAGCCCAAGUGGAAGACAGAUUGAAAUUUUAUAUUACUGGUGAAAAGCCCGAAAAGAAUGUAGAUGUUAUGAAAGAAGCUGCUAAAGAGAUUGAGGCUGUUAUUGCAAUUAAAAAAGAAAAGAAGAAGGCCAAGAAGAGGAAACACAAAGAAAAUGGUGUUAAUGAAAACAGUAUGAACUUGAGUCAAAUAGAAAACACAGAAGAAGUUGCCGAAGGAGAAACCACAAAGAAAAAGAAAAAGAAGAAAAAGAAUAAAGAAAAGGAUUUAGAAGAAAACGGGGAGCAAGAAUGAAAUCCUGUAUAAGAAUUCUUUUGUUGUUUACAAGCUUUUAUUUUAUUUUUUGAUAGUAGACAAAUUUUAACCUCCCACAAUAAAUACAUUUUUAUAA